AUACAAAAAAUAUAUUUUUAAAAAUAUCUCUAUAUUUAAUAUAUUUAAUCAAGAUAGUAUCUAAUCGCGCAAUAUAUUGUGCUAACAUUAUAUAGACAGUAUCUGCAUAAUAUUAAAAUGACAAUAGUGUUAGGAGGUGGUAUAUCAGGACUAUCAGCAGCGUAUUAUGCCGCUAAUAAUGCGAAAAAUUCAGCUGUCAUUUUAUUGGAAGCUUCCAAUCACUUGGGUGGAUGGAUACGGAGCAUAAAAUCGCCAACUGGAGCAAUCUUCGAGCAAGGACCGAGAACCAUUAGACCAGUUGGAUUAGCUGGAAGAAACACUCUCGACUUGGUAGAGAAUCUCCAACUGAGUAACAAAUUAAUUCAUAUCGGAUCGAGUCAUCCCGCGACACGAAAUAGAUUGAUCUAUUCGGACGAGACGUUGCAUUUAUUACCAUCUUCAUUAAAGGGUGUUUUCAAAACAACUUCACUGUUAGACCGUCCCUUGAUAAAUUGUCUAUGGACCGAUUUGACGGCUCCAAGGACAUCCAAAGAGGAUGAGAGCAUCUACGAUUUUGUUCAGAGAAGAUUAGGACAAGAUUUAGCAGAUAAGCUCAUUAGUCCUAUAAUCUGUGGAAUAUGUGCAGGAGAUGCACAGAAAAUUAGUGUUAAUUUUUUGUUUAAGUCUCUAUUCGAGGCAGAACAGAAAUACGGUUCUAUAGUAAAAGGCGUAUUGGUGAAUCGACUCAAAAAUAUUUUUUCAAAAUCAAAAGAUGACACAGGAAAGAAAGAUAAUGAGUCUACAAAUUUACGUCUCACUUUAGCAGAUGUAGCGCAAAAGGAGCAUUGGGCAUUGUGGGGCCUGCAAGGAGGCCUCGAACAAUUACCUCAAGCACUAGCUGAUAAUUUAAGAGAGCGAGGAGUGAAAAUACAAACCGAGGCAAAGUGUGAAAAACUGACAUUUAAAUCAAAUUGCGUAGAACUAAUAAUUAAUGGUAAUAUUCAGGAAUGUUCGCGUGUUAUUUCGAGUUUGCCCGCGAAGAACCUGGCUGAUAUAGUGCGGGAGCAACAUCCCGCAUUGUCCGCAGAAUUAGAGGUGAUUCCUACUGUGACAGUAGCUGUAGUUAAUUUUGAAUUCCAGGAAGAUGUAUUGCCGUUGCAGGCAUUUGGCUUUCUUGUGCCACCGAAGGAGAAUCUUCCUCUGCUAGGUGUAAUCUUCGACUCCUGCGUUUUCCCUCAGAAGUCUUCUACGGUACUGACAGUCAUGAUGGGCGGCGCCUGGUUUGAGAAAUUUUUUGGCGCGAAUCCAUCGGAGGAACACCUGUUAACAACGGCGAUUGAUCAUACAAGAGAUAUCUUACGUAUCGAGGAGGAACCAGUCGCACACAACGUUGCCGUUCUGAAGGACUGUAUUCCGCAGCACGUCGUGGGUCAUACUCAACGUAUAAAACGUAUCCACGAUUACAUUUCCACGCAUCACAUUCCCCUGGGACUGUGCGGUUCUUCUUACCAAGGUGUGGGACUCAAUGACGUUAUUCUGUCAGCAAAACAGGCUGUUUGUGACAUUGUACGAGAACGGUAAAAUUGCUCGAGAAAUGUAAAAAGGAACUAGAGCAGCGUAUACAAGACGAACAAUAAAACUACAUGCAAAAACGUUGAA